AUGCCUCUUAGGUUCUAUCAAUGCGAGGAAGAACAUUCACUCGCAUUAAACGGGCAAGUUCAAGUAUUGAAGAUCAUUGUUCGCAUGGACGAUGUCUGCACCUCAUCUUAUCCAUCGAGUCUCUCCACGGUUUCGUGUGCAGUGACAAGAUUCUUGGUGAGUUUGCCAUUCCAUGGAUCAGUGGCCGUCCUGGUCGCUGUUGGGGCGCCUCCGGCCGACGAUCCGUGGAUGGGAAUUCACGUGUAUGCCACGUGGGGGCGGCACCGUGACGUUCGCGCUGCUGUGAGUUCCACGGCGGUCCACCGCAAGGCGGACGCAGUCACCACAGUGCGAAACUCUCCUUGCUAUGGCACGCCAGGCUUGCUGCAUGCUACCUCCAUGGCACAAUUAGCCUCCUCAAGUCCAACACCCAGAGCCCUCGCUUCGACCUCUCCCAACCCCACUGGGUCUGGCUCUUUCACGCCCCGUAAAGAAUUUCUAACGCAACAACGAGUCAUUUCCACGUUCUCUCUCCUAGCACUCUCGAGUGCGAAUCUUGUCAGACUAUACAACUUCCCCUCAUCUGUCAUCAGUGCGCUUCGUCGUGUAUUCGAUCAUCAGGAUCUAAUCAUCAGCGUGCGAGAGGAUAAUCGCAAGGAUUUUCUCGAAUUCUGUCUGGACCGAAGGCCAUGGGCGAGCCCAAAGAGCGUCGAGACGGAGGAAUUAUUUAUUGCCAUGUUAACAGCCAUUCUGCAGUGCGGAUAUUCAUUUUUGUCUACCAUUGACUACGGCCGUGAGCCAGACGAUCGUCUGGCCAUCGCAUUUUCCAGGCCCGAUUCCGUUUUGCCUCCCGGAGUUCCUGCGUCUGUGUCCGCGGUGACCCUGGCUCAGCCCCUACGCGCACUAUUCGCUGUAUCAUUUGUCUCUACCAAUAUCUUGCGCGUCGUCAAUCCUCCUCUCCAGACCACGCCGGCUAUCUUGGCUUCCGUGAGAAGUGCUUGGCCCCGGGGAGUCGUAUCAGAGAAGAAGUUCGGGGACGCUACCUAUCAAUUCAAGCUGAAAGGGUAUAAGAUCUUCCAGGAGAACACCUUGGCGGUCGAUUCUCUGCAGCAGAUCCUCUCUCUCUUGGGUACCCUCGAUAAAAAUGCAUUCACCCUCCUCACCUCCGUCACCAUGUCCAGUCGCUCUCGCAAGCAGGAUUUGUGGAUAUUCACUGGUCCACCCGCCGAUCUUCCGACUCACGACUCGCCUCAAUCUAGCCCAGGAACCUUGUCCGUAGAGCUUAGAGGUGAUAACGCUGUGUACGGAGGCCAGACCUCCAUCGAGAAGCUUGCGCCCAUCGCGUCUUCUUACCGAGUCGGCAACUCAGCGCCAACCACUUCGUCUCCUCUCAAGCCCAGUACCCUCCUAGCACACAAAGCUCCGGGUAAGAUGCUGCGGAAAGCGUCACCCAAAGUGAACAUCCCCCUCGCCUAUCUCUCGGACGAUAGUGCAACGAACUCGCCUGUGGACAACAAGCAGCAUCCGUUUUCCAGUAGUAUGGGCAGUGUGGACAUGACGGGAGUGGGUACGAGUCGCGGCAAGGGCGGAGAACGUCUUUCGCAAUCACCGGACGUCCUGCUUAUGACCGCCGGGAUACCUCCGUACGCACAUGCGCAGAACUAUCUCUACGGUACAAAUCCAUGGCAAAACAUGCCCUUGACACAUCCUGCGACGUCGCCAAACUACUUGGCUGGCCGUGCUAGUACCGGCUUCGCUACCUCGCCGACGCCAGAGAACGUCCCUGCCUCGCACUCUAGUGGUCCAUCAUACGACCUACCCUCAUCUCAGCCCCAACCGUCACCUUCCUCCCAACAAGUGUUAGAACAGGGUAACGACGAUGACGCGGCGUCCCCUGCUCCACCUUCUCAGGUAGAAGGUCAAUCUCCAUUAACAAGGCCGGACAGUCAGGACUACUUUGGCAAUGCACAACUGCUCGAGCAAGGUCAGAGUAUGUUCAAGGAUGUGCCAAUCAUCACGUUGGACAUUCCCCGUACACCGACACCGCCUCUGCUUACGGCUGGCGUGUUUCGCGAUUCCGCCUUCUCCUCGACGACGGCGUACACCGGCAGAGACUUUGAACCACAAAGAGGUACUCUCGCCGAGAUCAAGGAAGAAGAGGAUGAAGGCAACAGGGAGAGAGAACAUUUGCAGGAAUAUUUCCAACGAAAGCCGCGGGAGCACGCUCCUAUCGGCCCGAUGUUUCCCGGCGCUUGGGGCCCAACUCCAAAGGACGAACGCAGGUACGAUGACGUCGUACCAAACAUGUUGCCUCCCACCAUCCAAGAACGACCCAGCCAAGAACUCGACGAGCUCGCACAUGCUUCUCGCAACGACAGAGCUCACGCCAGGCCAACGCCGUCACCUAUCUAUGCAGCACACGUCCCAUCGAGGAUGGGUGAGGUAGGAUCGGAGGCGGAUAGCAGCAGAUCGAGGGGCAAUGAGGCGGGCUCAAUGACAGCCUCGUCGAACAACGCUCCGAGCAGUACACGCAGUGGUACUCUCGGUACUCUCGCUAGCAGCAAGCGCCCUGGCCCGACACGCAGAGACACCGACGACUCGGGUUGGGUCGUCGUCAACAUCAACGCAGGUCCUCGAGGCGAUCAGGAUAACAAGGGAAAGACAAGGCAUGCGCAAAGCGCAUCCCCGGAUCCAGCGCGGCGCACCAGGUCGCCCACCUCUCCUCCCAGCACGAACUCUCGUCCCUCGGCGCACACGCGUAGCAGUUCGGACUCUCGCGUCCCUCGCUCGCAGGGAACGACUAAGGACGCAGGAGCGAUGUCCAGCAUGCACCCGGCUGCGAAAGCCAUCGUCAUCAUUGACGCCGUUGGGGCCAAGGAGAAGGAGCACGAGAAAUCGCAAUCCGGAUCCGGAUUCAAGCGGUUAUUCCAACGAGGCCGAGACAAGGGUCAGUCUGCCCAAGCCACGCAGGCACCCGCGCGGCCAUCUGAUCCCUCGAGACGGCUAAAUAGACCACAAGGAGGCGGAGUGACAACGAAGAGACCUGCACAAGAGGGUGCUGAUAGGACGACAGAGAGGCGGAAAUCGCCUCCAGCAACGACUCGGAGAUGAGGGAGUGACCGCUACAGAAAUGCUCAUCCCGCCCGUUUGUAUUUAUUAUAGACUGACCCUUUGUAUGUUUGUGAAUGUAUUGGACAAACUUGGUAUUAACCCCUAGUCAGCUUAUAAUACCUGACACAUUUACGAUAACGAACUGUUUUGCCUUCCAGUUACGGUCGUAGGCCGUGAUGUCCCUGAGACGACUCGUAUAUGAUGAUGAUUUGUAUUAUUG